AUGAAGGAACAAGUCUUUAAAAUGUUUGCCUUUGAGAAUGCCAAUGAUAAAGCAAAAAGGGUCAUAAGCACAUUACCCAGAGAUGCCCAAGUGGCAGAUAUGUUAGAAGUUAUAGAACGCACCACUGGUCCUGCAUCUCUAGUUGCUGCUGCGGGCAGUAAAAGUGCUCAAUUAGUGCCUUUCCGUAGCUGCGUGCCUUUAUCUGAUGAUGUUGAACGAGGAGAAGGAGGAUUUGGCUCCACUGGGCAACCAGAGGUAUAUUUUGCUUUGGAUUUGAAAAGGAUGAAACCCGAAAUGAUGAGACUUGUUGAGCCAAAUGAAAGUGCAAAUCGUGACCCAGCCUUUUUAGCUGCGGCCACUGGGGAGCAGCCUAUCCUCAAAAUACAUUGGAAAAUGAACGACCCAGUGUGGAUUGAUCAGUGGCCGCUCUCCCAAGAAAAGCUGCUCAAAGUACAGGAAUUAGUAUACGAACAGUUGUGUGCAGGCCAUAUUGUGCCAUCAACAAGUCCCUGGAAUACUCCAAUUUUCAUAAUACCAAAAAAGAGCGGAAAGUGGAGAUUGUUGCAUGAUCUAUGUGCAGUCAAUGCGAUUAUGGAGGACAUGGGAACCUUACAGCCAGGUUUACCGUCCCCAUUAAUGAUUCCAGAAAAGUGGAAGUUGUUAGUAAUUGACUUAAAAGAUUGUUUUUUCACAAUUCCAUUACAUCCAGCUGAUGCGGAACGUUUUGUGUUUACGGUACCUGCUGUAAAUAGAGCCGAGCCAGCAAAAAGAUAUCAUUGGGUUGUGUUGCCGCAAGGCAUGAAAAAUUCACCUGCAAUAUGCCAGAUGUUCCUUGCAUGGACCUUAGAUCCAAUUCGGAAAAGAUACCCACAGUACUUAAUAUAUCAUUAUAUGGAUGAUAUAUUAAUUGCUGGGGAAGAACUUGAAGCCAAAACGCUUAUACCUGAACUUAUUACACAGCUGGAAGGAAAGGGACUAAAAAUUGCUCCAGAGAAAGUUCAAGAAAAGGCACUGUGGCAUUAUCUGGGAUGGAUUAUCACAGAAUCCCAGAUAAGACCACAAAAGAUUGAACUGAAAACAAACAUUAAAACAUUGUCGGAUGUACAAAAGCUGGUUGGUGAAAUUCAGUGGAUACGUAAUAUUUGUGGAACUACAAAUGAUGACCUAAGUCCUCUAAUUCAGUUAUUGGAGACAAGCAGCCAUGCAAAUGAAUCUAGAGAAAUUGGACCAUCCCAAAAAAUAGCUAAAUUCAGCUAA